AUGUCACUACCGGAGCUUCCAGGAACGGCCGACUUUCUCACCGAUGCAGCACACCUCCUACGCAUGACAGCCCCAGAGACUUCAGCUCAUCUCAUGACCUAUCGUGGCAACCUUCUUUCACAAUUUAGUAUCUCACCGUCUGAUGUUCAACGACAACGCGUAUGCGGAGGCUGUGGUCUCAUAACAAUCCUAGGCCAAGAAGCCAUGCUGAAACUGGAGACUCGAGAAAACAUGCGAGCCAAGACAAAGGGCAAAAAGUCUGACAUCGACUCAACACCGAAAGACAACAAAGAGGGGCCAUGCAAGAUCCUUCACUGCGACAACUGUCAACGAGACACAAAGAUUGUCCUCUCAGCUCCGGUGCCUGCUGUGAGACGCAAAACAGCACAAAAUAAAGUCCAGAAGACUUCUGCAUCAGUUGAACCGCCUAAGCAAACUUCAAAUGCCAGCAGUAAGAAACGCGCUAAAAACCGAAAGGCCGGACUCCAAGCUUUGCUUUCAGGUCAAAAGCAGCAAGCCGCAAACCCUCUCAGUCUUUCUCAUUUUAUGAAAUGA